AUGACAAGGUCCGCCAAAAGGCCUCCGCGAAGCCAUCUCCAAGCGGAAGCAAAAAGACAAGCCGGGACGCUUCCCAUCCCCCACGACAGUUUCCACGCCCUCUCAUUCUUCUCCCCUCCUCAGCUCGCCGCUUGCUUGCCCACUCACCGGUCUCGCUCCCCUUCACAGCAGCCCUGCUCCGGGGCGCGUGCCAUGGACAACGGCAGUCUCGGCGCCGACGACGUCAACGACAACGCAAGUGGCCUUUUAAAAGCAACAACCGCGAGUGCGCCAAUGUCUAAGCUUGCCGACUCCGACUCGACCGUCGACCAACGGGCCGAGAUGCACGUUCGACACGUCUUCCAACACGGCCUCAACCUGUCGGAAGAGCUCGAGAUGCUGCGCCACAAACUGCGCGUCCUCGACGACGUCGUUGAUCACCACGUUCUCUCUGGCUGUCUCGCCUGGUCUCCCGCUCUCACCCCCAUGUGCGCAAGUGUGUACAUGUACGGGCUGAUGCCCUGCCCGGCGUCGCGCGUAACCCCCUUCAUGUCCGACAUUGAAGAGGCUCGCGCGAUUCAGCACCGUUGCGAAUGCCUCGAGGCUGCUUGUGUUCGAGAUACUGCCCAUCUCCCGUUCUCCACGCAGCCCGCCGCCGCCGCCACCAACCCGCCUCAUGCAAGCCCCCAAUCCAUUUGUCAAAAUAUACUGCUGCUACUCCAUGCUACAUCUGCCUUGUACUCCAUACAUCGUCAGGCCCAAAAACAACAAGGCCGGGUCCUGUUGUUAGUUCGCCUUGCCCAGACGCUGACCUUUUCUCUCCCUCUCUUUUGCUCCCGCCAAAUAGACGUGGAUGCUGUCGAGCCCCUGAGAGGCUCUUCGCGAUCGGCGCCGCCAGGGUUCGGCUCUUGGCUGGACAAGCAUCUGGAGCUCCACGACCCUGUCCUCCGGGCCCAGCGGGAGUGCGGCAGCGAAGUUGUGUCCAGCGCUUAUCCGCUUCCCUCUCUAAAGUGCUGGGACGACCGGUGCAUCCACUACGUUUACGGUUUUCUCACCGAGCUUGAUCGGAGCAGCCACGCCCGAAUGCAUGCCUCUCACGCAAAGAGAGACUCGGAGCUCUCUGCCGCCAGCUCGUCGCUGUCCUCGUCGUCGGUUCUCGCCUCUGGCCUUGGGCGCGGUCCGUAUCUGUCCAAUGCCUCUGAACCGUUGGGCCCGUCGCCUCUCAUGCACCUUCCACGCCCCGCCCUGUCCUCCAAGCUCCCUCCUCUCAGAAUCCCGACGCCGUCGACCGAACGGCGAGACUCGCUCAUAACCUACGCAUACUCCAGCCGCUCCGCCGCCCCGAGGAGCGCCGUCGACGCCGAUGUCGAGCCCCUCCUCCCGCCAUUGAAGAGGAGCAGGGUCGGCAGCUUGCCUCGUCUCGAGUCCAUCGGAGAGCUUCGCCUCUUUCACGACCAGCGGCCAUGCCUCCGCUGUAAAGUGACCAAGAAGGAGGUGGGACACCGCUUUUCUUGA